AUGCCAUCUCGACAUUCCACUGUGCCCAAUUUGGACUUCAGCUCCUUCAAAUCUGACUCGAAUAAUGGAAAGCUUUCGUCACCUCUCUCCCCUGGCCAGAGCUCCGACGGGCUGAGCCCCUUGACACCGCGCUCUCCCAAAUCACCGUCGAGCUCACCCCUCUUCAAAGGUGCCACCAUUCGUCCCGUCACUCAGGACUCGAGCAGCAAAGCGACCAGCCCGACAAGUCCGACCUCACCUAACCCUUUGGCUGUUGAGACUGAAUCCGGUCCCGAACCCCCCACCCCGGGUAUCACAGCCAUUCCACAAUACUUUCCCUCCCCCAAAGGCUCGCCCAAACAUUCGCGCGACCAGUCCAAGUCAUUUUUUGGCACUUUGAAAGCCCCCAAGACCUCCCACCGAUCGCACCGCUCAGACGGCUCCGAGACUUCCACAGAACCCCCGAAGAGUCGUGGGACCUCAAGAGAUAGGAAAUCGUCAAUGGCGCGCAUCUUGUCUGAAUCGACGCCCGAUUUACCUGCCAUGAUUGCUCAGUCUGAAGAGACCGAAAGACUCAAAACCUCACAUGGUGACAAGACAACACAAAGAACAGGUCACAAGAAAGCCAGCACCGAAACUGACUCCGCCCCCGCAAAGAAGAACAAGCGAUUUGCCAAUCUUUUAACGCGAUCUCGGUCUAUUCGUGUGGACGAAUCAUCUGGAAACAGGGCUCCGACAAGACGACCAUCAACGGGUCUGGCCAAAUUGGAGGAAUUCAACAAACCCGAUUCCCAGAAGCCCGACGCACAGAAACUCGCGACACAGAAAUCUACGAUACAGAAACCCGCGACACAGAAACCUGCGACACAGAAACCUGCACCGUCGCCAUCUACCACAACACAGCCUGAGCGAUCUGCCCGGCCGACAGGGAAUUAUCUUGAACGACCAGUGGAAUUGGCCCCUAUCAGAAAGGAGAAGACCGCUGGAUCUAUGACCCAGUCUAGCUCCUUGAGUCAGGUAUCUGGCGCAUCAGCGGCGAUUUUCAAUAAUCUCAAGCAGUCUUCAAGUGGUGCUGCAGACCGUUUGGGCAAAGCAGGCAAGGGCUUCUUUGGCAAGAUCACUCGCAGUGGCAGCACUAACGAGCGCGAGUUGAUAACCGAUGACUCUUAUGUUUGUUCGGUGAUUAACCUUCCCCUGAUUGAGCAAGCCAGAAAGACACGCAUUGCGAAGAAAUUGGAAGACUGCAGAGAUAAGACUGAGUUCUGGAUGCCAGCUCUUCCAUACCGUUGUAUCGAUUAUCUCAACUUCAAGGGCUGUGAGGAGGAAGGACUUUACCGAGUACCUGGAAGUGGCAGAGAAGUCAAACAUUGGCAGAGGCGAUUCGAUUCAGAAUUAGAUGUCAGUCUCUUCGAUGUCCCAGAUCUUUACGACAUCAAUACCGUUGGAUCCUUGUUCAAGGCCUGGCUUCGCGAAUUGCCUGAAGAGCUCUUCCCCAAAGCAACCCAAGACAUGAUCGCUGAAAAAUGCGAAGGCGCUACAACCGCUCCGCAAUUGCUCAAGGAUGAGCUUUCUAAACUCCCGCCUUACAACUACUACCUCCUAUUUGCUAUCACCUGCCAUCUGAAUCUCCUUCACUCCUAUGUCGACCAGAAUAAGAUGGACUACCGCAACCUAUGCAUUUGUUUCCAGCCUUGCAUGAAGAUUGAUGCAUUCUGCUUCCAGUUCCUUGUCUGUGAUUGGAAGAAUUGCUGGCAGGGCUGCUGGACCGAGAAAGAGUAUGUUGCAAAGGAGAAGGAAAUGGACGAGCAAGAACAGAAGGCUGUCGACGAAAAGGCCAAUGCCAUCGCUUCUCAAGCAUCUUCUACCCAUGAACGGGCCGUCUCGUCUAGCUCGAGCUCACAAGCUGAGGAGGAGCGGCUUCGGCCUGAAACAUCCCGAGGUCGAAAGAAGGCCAGACCACAAAAUAUUGAGACUGGUCCCACGCACUCCAGAAGCAUUUCCCAGCUUCCGGAACUUGGUCCACCACUUUCACCUAUCAAAAUCUAG